AUGCCUCCAAAGACUCAAAAAUAAAAAGAAGAAGAAGCUGCUAAAUUAGCAGAAGAAUAAAGAUUAAGAGAAGAAGAAGAGGAAAGACAGAGAAAAGAAUUAGAGAAAUAUAAAAUUACUAAACUAAAUAGUACAAAGUAAUUCAAUGUCUUUAACAUUAGUUUGCCUUUACCUAUUACAAAAUAUUAUAUUGAUUAUGUAUAUCCACACUCAGAAUCCCAUAAGGCAACAAUUGAAUAUUUACAUAAAGUAAUUACAAAAUAUAAAUAUUAUAAGCUAGCUGAAAUUAGUAAUUGCAAAGAUUAACUACGAGAUGUCGAUUUAUAAAUAACAGCUGAUGUAUUAAUUAAUGAUCUUAUAUUUUCAAAAUCAUUAAAAGGCUUAAAUGAUGAAAGUGUAUAAGUAUUGUUAAACAUUUUAUUUUUAUCAUUCACAAAUAAUAACAAUAAAUUUAGUCAAGAGAUGAGGUAUAAUAACACUAUCCAACAAAAGAAUAAAGUUACAGAUGCAGAAUUAUUUAAUAAUUUAUUGAAGGUACAUGCAGAAGUAGGAUAUUUUAGAUCUAUGCAUAUAUUAUUAAUUAAAGAUCAUUUCUAAAUUUAUCUAAAUCAUUUAGAUUUAAUUGAUCAAGCUUUCAAAUCAGAUUAAAGAACAUUAGAACUUCAUAUGGAUCUUUAGAUUGAAAUGCCUUUGUCUCAAUUACCACUAGAUGAAGCUUUGAUUUAUCGUCCAUUUGAAUAAAAGCCUGAAGAUGAUGGAUAAAUUCAAACUGUUGAUUAGGAAGAUUAACAAGCUCUACCUGAACCAACAGAUGAAGAAUUAUUGGAUCCAAUAAUAAUGGAAGCAAUACAACGAAAACUUGAUUUAGCAAAAUAAGAAUUAGAAGAUAAAUUAAUCUCAAGAUAAAAGGAUAUGGAAGAAAAGUUAAUGAGUAUGGCUACAAAAAAGAAAUGA